AUGAGUUUUCUCGAAGCGCUUCAGAAAAAGAAGAGUGAUCUCAAGCAGACUGAUACGCUCGUGAAAACUUCAGCCGGUGACGUGUUUUUGGAGAGUCACAAUGCAGCCGGGAGUAUAACUUUGCAUAAAAUUGAUUCCGAUGUGGGAUACAUUGUGGAUUUGAAACCGGAUUUGCAAGUGGCUGGGGUUGUCCCAGGGUUGUUUAUGGGUUCGCAGGAUGUCACUCAGGACUCGGAUCUUCUACAAGAACACGGUAUUACUCAUAUUCUCAGUGUCGGAGUUGAGGUUCACAAGUUUCCGAGUGUCAAGUAUACGAUAUUAAAAGCACUGGAUCUACCAGAGUUUGAUAUGAGACCAGUUUUCGAAACGGCAAUAAAAUUAAUUGCUGAUGAAAUUGAAUCCGGGGGUAGAAUUUUAGUUCAUUGUAAUGCUGGUGUUUCGAGAUCAGCUUCAAUCGUGAUCGCUUUUUUGAUGAAACGUGAGAAACUGUGUUACAAAGAUGCAUAUUUCGCUUUGAAAAACGUGAGGCCUUGCAUUAAACCGAAUGAGGGUUUUGUCAAGCAGCUGAAAUGUCUUGAACAAGAACUCUUUUUAAAUAAAAUUGAUUGAUGCAGAA